AGUCACUAACAGCACUGAAGUCUCUUCGUUCACCUUUCAAUGGAAAAGCAAAUGUACCAUUAUGCAGAAACAUGUCUGCCUCGAAAAAAGAAGGUUUGGGAGUCUUUCCAUUCGAACACCUUCAGGAUCUUUGAUGAAACGUUGCCAGAGCGUCUCGUUCCGGUCCGUGUCGAUCAGAACCAUAAAUAUCCUGCAAGAGACCCACGAGAGUCUGAGACCCGCAACGUCCCACAUCCUCACAACGCCAGAUUCAUCAGGACUAAUGUCAGAUUCCUUAACGAGCCCAUCGCUCAUAUGGAGACGAGACAUACUGAGAUAGAACAGUUUAACUGGUGGUCAAACAGUCCUAAAGAAGAUCUUCCCGUGAAAGCAGUUUACAGUAAAGCCAGCACUCAGAGAAGUGAUUUCCAGGUGAUCAGAGACGCUCCAGUCAGAGAACGAGAGACCAACAGACCCGCAGCAUCUGAAAUCGUUCCUGCUCUAAGUUCCCUUGACCAAUCAGAAAAGCUCCAAGAUUAUCAUAAACCUGAAUGAUUGUUGAAGAUUACACGAUCAGCCCUAAAGGAAAGUGUCACAGAGGGUUCGUGUGGAGAGACGGGAGGCGACGGGGCCCGGGACAUUCCAGAGCACAGAGGGGUCACGCUUGCCCUCGGCAGGGACGGCAGAAGUUUUG